GAUAAACCUAUGUGAGAAUAUCUCCGCAGCAAUUAAAAUGGCGCUGUCCAGGACGAACUGUUUAAGGACGACGGGGUUAAUUCGUUCUGUAGAAUUAUUAAGUCGUAUCAGUUCUCCCCAGAAUUUAUUGGAGGCUAACAAACUGGUUCAGAUACCAUGUCUGUCUUUGACAAUAGUCAAAAAGAAGCCGAUUUCAGAGCGGAGAUAUAAAACACCAUUAAAGUUUCUACCCAAACAUCCUUUCAUGGAGCCACAUAUAGAACAUAACCCUGAAGAAAUUACAAAACUUUUAAAAGAAUAUAAAGAGAAUGAGCCUGUAUCCACAAUGCCAAAUCCUUACGCAAAGCCAUACAAGAGAUGUAUUUUGUGUCAACAUGAUGUAAAACUAGACUACAAGAAUGUGCAGUUAUUAAGUCAGUUUGUUUCACCAUUCACUGGCCAGCUGCUCAACCGAUCAAUAACUGGUCUUUGUAUACCGAUGCAAAAGAAAGUUUCCAGGCUUGUUAAAACUUCCAGAAAGCUUGGUUUAAUGCCCUUUAUGUUUAAAGACCGGCGCUAUGUGGAAGAUCCUAAACUCUUUGAUCCACUUCGACCGAAGAAGUACGACUCUUAUUUUUCCAAGUUGUAUAACAACUUAUUGGAAAAGAUGUACAGCUGACAGAAAAAUAUGUGUAUAGUGCUCCAUAAUGAAACAGCCUUGUUGUGUUUGUGCUGAAUAAAAUGAAUCAAGUGUUGAAAAUGGUAUAAAGUAUGAUCAUAGCAGUGCAGAAAUAUCUGUAUCCACACCAACAAUAAUCUGUGUUAUUUAAAUAACAGAAAAUAUUCAGAAGAUGAGAGGACUUACUCAACACAAACCUUCUCUUUGGGACAAUAUGUGAGCUGUGUGUGUGUAUGUAUGUGUUUUAUAAUAAACAUUAAAAUGUUGAUAA